AUGAUGAGACUUUACUCAAUCAUAUUAGCCUGUUGGCGCCUGUACCGCUCUUCUGGCGCGCACACUUGUUGCUACUGUAAUGUUACUCAUACGCUGGGUAAUGAUUCGCAUUUUCUUUUUUAUACCUCACUGUCAAAUCCAUCAUUGAUCAAACUAGUGAGUAAACUUUUAAAAAGACGGUAA